ACUAUGCUUUCUCUUCAUGAAACUUCAUCCCUUCCAUGCGCCAUGUUUCUGCCCUUCGCCUUUGGAAUCAGAUCUUAACGGAGUUCGAUUCAGAGAGUUAAUGCGUCGCCUCUGCAGUAUAGAAAUGCUCUGAAUUUGUACUGUAGAAUGAUAAGUUUUGGGACUUUAGGGCGAUGGUUUAGCUGUUCCUUCGGCGAUUCCCGGCAUGCAGAUGCGUUUAUGGUGCUCUUGAUCGGUGGUCAAUUACUAGGAGCUCUAGCCCAUAUCAGAUUGUUCAUCGUCACGGUUUAUAUGUGGGUUUUGAUGAGACCCAGUUUCACGUCUUCGAAUGACUUGAUUGGGUACGAAGCAGAGGACGACAGAUGGUUGAUGCACAUAAACCGUUUGAUAAAAGGACUGUUAGAACCCCUUUUGGUUUUGGAACAUUUAUGGUUUCUGGGUUUCCCCUUUGAUAAUGAAGGCUGGUUGCUGGUGCUCUUGAGUCUUAACAAUGGAAGUGGACCUCCGAGAUAAAGAAAGAAAGGGAAUCACCAUGGCCCUGCAGCCAAAUCACCCACCAACAGCCAUCCCCCAUGAAUUCACGCUCGCACCAUCCUGCAGCGACUCUUGAACAACAUACCCAUGAUGAUGUUGAUGAAGCUGUUCAUGAUUCUGAUGAUGGUGGUGGUGAUGGUGAUGUUGCUGCUGUCCGCAAUGAAACUGCAACAACAUUGGAUCACUGUAAACAUCCAGACACCCCACCGCCAUCAUGGCCGCCGAAUCAAUGUUGCUCUCCACCGUACUCUGCUGCUGCGGAUCCUGCGGUUGUUGCUGAUGCUCCUGUUGUUGGUGUUGCUGUUGGCAGAUGGCGAGCUGAUGCAGGACAAGCCCCAAUUCAGCCUCGCCGUACUCGAUCUGGCGCUGGAGCUCUCGCACGAUCCUGUAACACCCGCCAACAGGGUCGCUGGCUCGAACGUCGGACUGGAUUAUGAUUGCACGCAUCGCCUCGUCCUUCUCUGCUUUCGUCGAGAGAUUCUCUAUGAUCUUGGUGAUCUUCCUCACCCCAAACAGCUUGUGCGCGUUGAGGAACUGGCGCUGGCGGUCGUGUGGGAAAUAAGGGGCCAAGACGCAGUCAGGGGCGCACUUCCUGCGCUGGUACUUGCACGCCGCGCAAGCCGGGCUCGUCCCGUUGCUGCUGUUGUUGUUGCUGCUGCCGACGAUUCUGUUCUUGAUGACGUUGGUUUUGUUGUAGCUGGUGUUGCUUGUGGCUAGGGAAA